GUGUUUCAGCCAAGGCCUCAAUUACAGCGAAAAAGCUCUCAACGAUUACUGUUGGGCUCAGAACACUUUCAUUUUGAAGAGAAGACAGCUUGGGCCUGAUGUCGCACACCCUGGCAUUAUAAACGAUGACGACGAACAGAGAUAUUAUCACUUACACUUCCAGCUGGUUCCGUUAGUACUGUUCUUGCAGGGACUGGUGUUCUACAUACCGAACUGGCUAUGGAAGGGUUGUGAGGGAGGAAGGCUCCGGUCCCUCUCUGCCGGCCUCUGCGUUCCCUUUCUGGACAAGGAGAUGCGCCUGCAGAAGAUCCAGGCCUCGCUAAGUACCUCCACACCUCGCUCCAUCAACCCCCACUUACCCCUCGCUACUUAUAAACACUAUUUUUGGAACACCUUCACUGUCCUUGAGCAAGAAAGCUCUGCGCUAUGUCGUCUUUGUAAUAUUCAUUCGAGGUUGUUGGGUGGUAUUACACUUGGUAUUGAGGCUCUACACUGUGCAGAUUUCAAGGAUCUUGGUUUUCCUUGUUUAUUGGUGUUGCUGUUGUUAGGGUCGUAUAUAGGAAUGCCAUAG